UUCUGCCUGGACGAAAGGCGGAAGCGGACGUUUCCGGAACUACACGAAGCUAAUAACAAAGCUAACAGCGACAAGAAGUCCUGCAGUUUCAAAGAGAACUAAAUAAUAAUAAUAAUAGUUUCUCCGCAGUCAACCCGGCACCGCCGUGAACCUUAUCGCUCUGACCGGCAGGUGCUCAUGCCGGAGUCCAGGCUGCUGUCAUGUUGACCGGGCCGGGUCAGGCUCUUACUUCCUCCGGGCUGACGAUGGUGUCGGUGGGACUCGCUAGUAUCGCCUGAGCUCCUCCAGGCUGCUGCCUCACAAGCUGGAUGUGGUUGGACUCUCAGCUCAGGAAUGACAAUGCACAGUAGCGGAACAUCCCAGGACCCUUCACAGGGUACAGGCGAACGGGGAGAGCUGGUUCACACCCUGUCCAAAGAGUCUCCAGACGCCUCUGAGUUGGGGAGUCCUCGGUGUAUACCACACUUUGACCUCCACAACAUGGUGGUUUCCUAUAAGAGAAUCACUCUGUUUUUAGAACCAGUUGCAGAAGCAAUGGAUCUGGGCCGCUUCUUGCUCGGAUGGAAGAUACCGGUGUGCUCUCUGCUCGUGUGUUUAUUUCUUAAUGUCUUCUUCUGCACUGUUAAUGAAGCGGGCUGGUUCUCAGUGGCUGUGGCAUUAGUGUUGGCGCCUGCUGCCUUGGGUUACCGGCAGGACAGGUGUGGGGGCAGAGCCUCUGAAGCUGAGCUCCAGAAGAAGAGCUAUUACACUGUGCACCGCAGAGACCUGCAGACAGUGCAUCUCACCAAACAGGAGGCCAUGCUGGAAGUAAAAGACCUAUUGAAGCAUUUAGACGACAUGUUGUCCUCUGCCUGUCAGUCAGCAGAAGCUAUUGAAAAGGUCCUGCAUUGGGAUAAUCACACCAAAUCCUCAAGGUUCUAUGGAGUGAUGUUAAUAGUGGUGUGUCUCCUCUACCUUGUUCCUGUGGGCUGGGUGCUGGCUGUGCUCAACAGCACCAUCUUCCUGUGCAACAGAGACUUCUACAGAGUUUUGUUGGACCUCAGAAAGUUCUUCCACGUUGGCCAGAGUAAGGCUUCAGAGGGUUUGUCUGAGGAACAGGAACAAGGAAAUCUACUGGACAGGACCCCCACACCGACUAGUCUGGAGGACCUGUCUCCUGGCAGUGUAGAGGAGGCUGAGGAAGCAGAACCUGAUGAUGAAUUCAAAGAUGCCAUUGAGGAACAUUUGAUUUCCCUGCAGGAAACCCCUUUGGUCUUAGUGGAGGAUGACGAAGGGCCUCACGGGGCCCCAGAGUACGACACCAUCUCUGAAAAUGGCCUCUUGAGCCGCAACGAGCCAAUUCGUAGCAAGGUGUCCAAACUGACAGAGAAGCUGCGUAAACGCUACCCCACCAGCAGCACAGGCAACUGUUCGAGUUGCAACGCUGUCUUCUCCGUGCUGAAGAAAAGGAGGAACUGCAGUAACUGUGGCAACAGCUUCUGUUCCCGAUGCUGCUCUUUUAAAGUGCUGAGAGCUUGCAUGGGGGCAACCGCUCCAGAGGCACAGAGAGAGACAGUGUUUGUCUGUGCUCCUUGUAAUUCCUCUCUCAUCAAGUUACAGUGACAUGACAUCAGUUUAUCUCCCGGUGGCCAGUGGAAGGUCCUUCACGAAUCACUGUAGCCCUCACACACACCUUGGUGUUCAUGUUAAGACACCUAAUGUCUGUUAAGAUACCUCCUAUGUUGGUCCUGCCUUUUCCAGUCAAAUCCCUCCCAAGCUACUUAUCAUUAUAGGACUUCUACUGUAACAUGUUACAAAUUUCCUGUGACAACUCUCCUUGAAGAACUGGACCUUAUGAAUAAAUGGGAGUCAAGACAGGAAAUAAUAGUAUAAACAAAAAUCCAGGGCCGUGCUUUUCCCCUCGCUAGGCCGAAGGAAGUAUGAAGCAUGCAAGGUGUAGGCCCGGAUUGUACUGGUGGUGUUAAGUGAUAGUGGGAGUUUGACUGGAUGUCGGUGGUUAUGUUUUUACAUACCUUUUCUUGCCACAAAUUUAAAUCCACUUGAAUGUUGAUAUCUUUAGCCCAAUUGGAUGUUCAACUGUAACAUCCUGCCGAGAUAACUUCUCUGUACGAACAAGACUAAGCUACCACUGGAAAACCAUGUGUUAUUUUUUAGAAUGGUGAGGAAUAUGAUGUUGUUAGCUGGGCACUGCAGAAAACAGAGUUCUGUUUAUUUGGAUGAACAAAAUAUGAAGCUCUACGUUCGGCUUUACAUGCCGGCAAUUCAAAACCCUUUUUCCUCAAAGACUUGUUUGUUGUCCCGCAGUCCACAUCGACCUGUGGCUGGUCAGCAGCUCUGUGUGAUUAUGUCUGGGCUUGUCCAACUAUUCCAGGCCAGUGAUUUUGGUUGACUUCAUGUUUUUAAUAAUUGCAUUUGCUCCUGCUGCAACCCGCACUGCAGUAUGAUAGACGGCCGUAUUCUACUUAUUAUGAACAAAUUGCUUUAUUCUUCACCCUGAUUGUUGUUUAUUCCUGUGUAGACAUGUCAAACUGGUUUCUUUUUGGAGCAUAGAGACCACCUCGAAAACUGUAUCCCUGCCGCUAGAGCUUCUCCUUUUAACCGUAUCAAAGUCAAUCCAACUGGAUUCAAUUCAUCUGAACAGACUGAGAAACCAACUGAAACCAGCAUCAGAGCCUCACACUCUUGCAAGCGAGACUUAAAAGAAUCCAUGUGGGGCGUUGUAGCCCAAAAGCUUGGUCUUUGAUGGCAAACCGGCGAAACGAUGACAAAGCUGUUUUAACGACGAUUCAGACAAGGAUGAUUGUAAUUGUGUGCUUUGCUUUUAUUGAAAUCAUAUAAGCUGUUACUGUAAAUUUUUCUUCUAUAUCUAAUAUAUUUAAGUUAAAAGUCCACAAAUGGGAAAUUAUUAUUUGACCCAAUGAUGAAUUCUGUAUAUAUUGGCCCAUAUUUUAUUGUUAAAACAAGCCAUUAUUGAAAUAAACUCGAUGAUUUCAUUAACUUAAA